UAAUUUUUAUAAGUACCCCCUCUCAAGUCUUUGUGGAUUUUGUUUGGUGCUAGAUUGAAACCUGGAGUUCUAAUCAGUAUAAAUUCACUUUUUUAGUCCACUGUUCCUAAAGUCUAAUCAUGAAUCCCAAUCGAGUAUUCUCUUUUUGUUGCCUUGUGAAGGAUUACACAAAGUUACAUGAGGCUGCUGGUGCGGGUGAUAUCAAGACUGUGAAUUCUUUGUUGCAACGCAAAGUUAAUGUCAAUGCGAAAACAUCGAGAAAUGAGACACCUUUACACUACGCAGCUCAGCGCGGGCACAUGCAGGUUGUUAAGGCCCUUAUUGCGAAUAAUGCUAACUUAGAAGACACUACAGAUGAGUAUUUCACUCCCCUGCAUCUAGCACUACAGCAAAGUCACUUUGAAGUUAGUGAUUUUUUAAUCAAGAAUGGAGCCAAUGUCAAAGCUUGCGACAAUCUAAACUGGACUCCCCUUCACAAUGUUUGUUACAAUGGAUUUUCUCUGCCAAUCGUUCAGGCUUUAAUUCAGAAGGGUGCUGACAUCAAUGCUAGGACUUCUGAUGGCAGGAGCCCCCUUCAUUUGGCAUCUGAACAAAACUACAUCGAAAUUCUAAGCUAUUUGAUUGAAAACGGUGCUGAUGUUGAUGCCCAAGAUUAUCGUCAGUGGAGUCCAUUGCACUGUGCUGCUUAUGAUGGUAAUUUAAAAGUUGUUAAAACUCUCCUCAAAAAGGUUUCCAACAUUGAUGCAAAAACUGAAAAAAGCACUACACCUCUUCAUUUUGCUGUAGAUCACGGAUAUUUAGAAGUAACCCAAGUUUUGUUGGAAAAGGGAGCAAACGUCAAUGCGCAGGACCAUACCAAUUGGUCUCCUUUGCAUUUUUCAACUGAAAAAGGUAACGAAAAGAUGUCCGAGUUGCUCUUGAAGUUUGGAGCUGAUGUUAAUGCCAAAGACAACCAAAAUGGUACGCCUCUGCAUCUUGCAGCUCAAUAUAAACAUCCAAGGGUAUUAAAUAUCCUGUUGAUGCAUAAACCAGACGUUAAUGCUCCAAUUAAGGGCCAAGAAGCCACACCGUUACAUCUAGCAGCUCAAUCUGGGAGCUUCGAAAUGGCCGAAGCUCUACUUUCUAAAGGGGCCCACUUUGAUGCCAGAGCAAAGGCAUUGGGGAGGCAUCUUGUACCCCUGGAUUUCGCCAAGAUGUCUGGAAAUGCAAAAGUUAUUCAGUUACUAGAACGAGUUGAAAAAUUGUUUGACGCUGUUGGCAGGAAUGAUAGCUGCCAACUCCGAGUUUGUAUUGAAGCUGGAGCUAUGGUUAAUGCUAAAAAUUCCAGUGGUAGAAUGCCAUUGCACUUUGCAGUGAGUAACAGCAACAUUGAUGCCGUGAAUAGUUUACUAGCAAACAAAGCUGAUAUUACACAGCUCACAACCAAAGGUAACAGUACACUGCACUUGGCUGUCUCGAAAGAUAACAAUGAAAUCACUGAGGCGCUACUUCAGCAUGGUCGAAAACUCAGUCCUAUUGAAAAAAAUUGCUUCAUCAAUGCAAAAACUUCAACCGAUAAAACUACUGCUCUUCAUAUUGCUACCAAAAAUAGCAACCUUUACAUUGUGAAGCUGCUUCUUGAAAAUGGCGCUAUUUUUAAUGCAAAAAACAAGGAAGGUAAAACUCCCUCUGAACUGACCGCAGAUGAUAAGAUCUGCAAUGUAUUUUAUGCAGUCGAAAAACUAUUUGAAGCUGUUAAAUCGUGUGAUGAAGGACAAGCAGCAGAACUACUCUGCAAAGAAAAAUGCAUUGUCAAUGCAAGAGAUGACGUUGGAGGCGGCACUCCAUUAUACUGGUCUGUCCUGAACGGAUAUGAAGACAUGGUACAGCUUCUGUUAAAAAACGGAGCAGAUGCAAUGCUUGUUACUAACAAGUGUAAUACGCCGUUACACAUAGCUUCCUCCAAAGGUUACAGUAAGAUCGUUGAAUCCCUCCUGCAACAUGUGAAUUCUGUCGAUGGGAAGUUGAACCAUUUCAUCAAUAUUCAAACGACGACAGGUGGCACAGGCGCUCUACACAUUGCAUCAAAUGUCGACAUCGUGAAGAAGCUUUUGCAGUAUGGAGCAGUGUACAAUAUUAAAAAUAAAGAAGGGAAAAAACCCCUCGAUCUUGCCCAGAAUGAUGAUAUCAAAGCCUUACUGAAUCUUACUCACAAGCUGUUUGAGCUAGCCAAAAAAGCCAAUGCAGGGAUCAUCGGUAAAAUGAAAGACUUGAAAGCUGAUGAAUUGGGAGCUGUUACUAAUGCUCGUAACAAACAAGAUCUGACUCUGCUUCAAGUUGCGAUAACAAAAGGGCCAAAGAAUAUUGCGAGGAAAUUAGCGGAGGUUUUGCAAAGGUUAAAUGUUUCAGAAGAUACUUGUCUGGGCGAGAUAUAAAUCUAUAUUCAUUUUCUGAAAAUUCUAAAGUAACAUCAACUUCCUGUUGUCUCUGCUUGUUGUCUCUCAAAGAGAAAAAGUAGUUGUUUGGGCUAACUGCAGGCCAGCAGCGAUAACACUGGGCCACCCUGCAUUGGCUCUUCAUAAAUUGGCUCUUUUCCCUCAAUUUUUUUUGAACAACAAUGAUCACCUUGGCAUCGUUUCUAUCAGCCCAAACCAUUGUAGCUGUUACGAUGCUCAAUAUCAAGACUUAAACCCAACCUUUUUCAGACGAUAUUCAAAUGUCACCUCAUCAGUGGUAUUAGUUAUUUUGGUUCUUGUGAUAAUUUCACAAUGUUAGGGAUAAAAAUAGAUACUUUGUACCAUCAAAGUAACUUUUUAACUAUACCUACAACGGGUAAUUUGGGUCGGGCAUGUAUCAGACAUUGAACAUUGCAAGAGCUAUUAUUCUUCUUUCUCUUCAUGUUCAUUUUAAGAAGGGCACCUAAAGCUGAAGUAUUGGAAAUAUUUACCAUCAGCGAUUGUGAAUCUUUCCCUUUUUUUGAUCUAAGAUUUACAAAUGCAUAGUACUCUUAAAGGAAACAAAGAUGACAGAUGCGCAUGUAAAUUAGAGUGACUUCAUGAAUCUCUCUAUUAGAAACUUGAUCUGUAAUAAUUUUAUACAUUGCCAAAAAAUUUCAUUUAAGGAAAAUUCGAUAGAAUUUUAUUCGACUCCUCACGUAGUAGGGAGAGAUCAAUAUCCUUUCUCCUUUGAGUUUUUAAAAUGCUCAUACUUACUUAAUUUUUGACCAUUUCAUUUUCAUAUCAUAAUUUUAUUUGCUUUGUUUUUUACGAUCCUCCAAACACAAUUAUUUAUUCUAAUUGCCUUUCUCUGCAAAUCCUUCCUUAUCUUGGAUAUGUGCUGUCACAGACUUUUUUGGCUUCGAGAACUUCAUCAAGAGCCCAUACUUAGUUGUAAGUUAGAAAAAUAUGCCAGUUUUUCUGAGGUCUUAUUUUGGACAAGAUGGUGUGGCUUGUUUGAAAAUUUUUUGCCAAACUCAUUUUAAUACUUCGCAUUUAAAAAUGUUAUCCUUGCACCAAUAAAUGUUUUAUAUACUUUUAAA